CCGCGUUGGCGCCUCCCUCGCCACGCAAAGUCGUGAGUGGAAGGGGCGGCCGCGCGCGCGGGCGAGUGCCGUCCGCCGCUGGCAUUCCAAGCCGUGGCGCGAUUAGGCCAUUAUUUAAUUAUCUGCCCUUUAUUCCUCAGAUGUUUAUCAGCUGCUUUGCAUAUCACGUGGGGGAGGGCGGUCCAAUGAGCGCCGCGGUGGCGCGACACUGGCGCGUCAGCCCUGGUCAAGUCUGGGAGAUUUAGUAUCUCUUUUUUCAGUCUUUGGGGCUUUUAAAAAAGAGCCACUAGUCUCAAUGCGGAUCGGGCUAUGACAGCCUCCGUGCUCCUCCAUCCCCGCUGGAUCGAGCCCGUCAUGUUCCUCUACGACAACAGCCUGGAGGAGAUCAACAAGAACAUGGAAGCCGGUUUCCACGCGGCGGCGGCGGCGGCCGCAGGCACCAACUUCGCCGCGGCCAACCAGUGCCGGAACCUGAUGGCUCACCCAGCCUCGCUCGCCGCCCCGGGCAGCGCCGCCGCCUACACGUCGAGCGAGGCGCCCGCCGCCGCCGCGGGCAUGGCUGAGCCCGGGGCAUCUGUCAAGCAGUGCAGCCCCUGCUCGGCCGCCGUGCAGAGCUCGUCGGGGCCGGCCGCGCUGCCCUACGGCUACUUCGGCAGCGGCUACUUCCCGUGCCGAAUGAGCCACCACAACGCCGCGCUCAAGUCGUGCGCGCAGCCCGCCGCCUCCUUCGCCGACAAGUACAUGGACACGUCGGUAGGCGCCGCCGGAGAGGACUUCACCUCCCGGGCCAAGGAAUUCGCCUUCUACCAGGGCUACGCCGCCGGACCCUACCAGCCGGUGCCGGGCUACCUGGAUAUGCCCGUGGUGCCCACCAUCGGAGGCCCCGGGGAGCCCAGGCACGACUCGAUGCUGCCCAUGGAAGGCUACCAGCCCUGGGCUAUCACCAAUGGCUGGAAUGGGCAGGUCUACUGCCCCAAGGAACAGAACCAGCCGCCCCACCUCUGGAAAUCCACUCUCCCGGACGUGGUUUCGCACCCCUCGGAUGCCAACUCUUACCGGCGUGGGCGAAAGAAAAGAGUGCCUUACACCAAAGUUCAGUUAAAGGAACUGGAAAGGGAAUAUGCUACAAAUAAAUUCAUUACCAAGGACAAGCGCAGAAGGAUAUCGGCCACCACGAACCUCUCAGAGAGGCAGGUCACAAUCUGGUUCCAAAACAGAAGGGUGAAAGAAAAAAAAGUCAUCAACAAAUUGAAGACGACGAGUUAACGGAUUAAAUGAAAGCGCAGCUGCCCAGAGGCCUAAAAAACCAACUCUCUUUCUCUAUAUUUUUUGGUCCAGAUUAUAAUAAUAAUAAUAAUAAGUAAAUAAUAAGUAAAAAAGAAAAUAAGAAAAGACAAUGAACCUCUUCUUUCACCAGAACUCUCUGUCUCUUUGGAAUUAUGGCUUUUGGAGAGAGCGAGAAAGAGAGAGAGAAAGUAUGGGUUCUUGAGAAAUGCUUUAAGACUUGUCAGUGCUCCCGAAAUCCAGAAGAGGCCAUUUCAGUGACUGAGUCUGAGAGCCCAAAUGCCCAAUCCAGAAAUAUUUCAGUUAAGAAAGAUAAACAUUUUGUCGAGAAAAGCGUGUAAGUAUUACUGUGACUGUUGUAGGACACUAUUUAGGACUGUAAUUUGAAAGAUGGCUUUUUAAAAAAACACACGCGCGCGCGCACACACAUGCACACACUUUGCGAUCCAAUUGCUUCCCAAAAGCAUGUUUGAAUGGUUGCUCAGGUAAACACGGGGGUGGGUGGGGUUGUACAAUUACUGUAUGUUAAAGCAAUGCCUUUUGUGUUUUCUGUUUUAUUUUCUUUCUGGAGGAAGGUACUAAGUACCAAAGACAGCAGUAAUGAAGGAAAUUCUUCGAAGGAUGAACCUUGAAAGGAAAUUAAAACCAGUCUAAACUACCGGGUGUAAAAAGGGGAACCUUACCCAAAAAAAAUUUGAUUUACUUUCCAAUCGCUCAUUUCUUGAUCCUUAAACUCAGUGAUAAUAGAAUACUCCAGAGAUUUGUAAAGGGACUCUAUAGCUUUUCAGUAUCAGCGACAUUAAUCAACUAACAAAUGGUGUAAAUCCCAUAAAUGACUGUUUUCCAAACUUGGGGGGAAACAGAGACAUGAGAGUUAUAAUUGUGAUGUAACAGAAAUCCCUUUCUAAGAGAAACAAUCUGAAAGGACCUGAUAAUGAAAAUAUAUUUUGCUUCCCAGAGAUAUCUUGAUUUCUAUAUUCUAUAGUUUGAACUAUGAGUAAGUAGACAUUUUUCCUUCUUCGUUUUCAGUUAUCAGGCUGCAUUAGUAAGUAUAGGAAUUCAUUUUACAGCACUUUCACCCCUUGAAACAAAUCAGUCCGCAACUUCAACCAGCACAUUAUUAUCCCCCCCCCCUUCACAAGGAGAGGCUAUCUUGUAAAUAUUUUUUUUUUAAUCAGCACACUGUGAAAAUGUAUUGGUGCACCCUUGGUUUGUUUUUUGUUUUUGUUUUUUUAUAUUUUUACUGAAAAUGAAAAUCUAAGAGCUGUAGAUAGAUACUAGUGUUAAUACUGUUAAUAAAAAAUAGUCACUGUAAUAAA